AUGCGGGACCGUCCCAUGGCGCAUUUGUUCCGUGGCACUUUCGAGCAGACCUUUGUGCCACACGCUGCGGCAUAUGCUGCCUGCAUUGGGCAUAUGGGAGACCAGUGCCAGGAGAGGGUCAAGGUGCGGGAGGCCAAGCUCAGGUCCUUCUGCAGAAAAGAGGGUGCCUGCCUCACGCAGGGACUACCUCAACAUUUCUUCAACUGCUCUGAAAAACCUGUGGGACCUGGGUUCUAGUGCAGGUCAUGCACAAACAAACCACUUGCUGGUCCUCAUCACGCUCAUAUCAACAUCCUUCUGCAAAUUUUUCUGAAAACUUUCCAGCUUUUUGUGUUCAAAAAAAAAAGAUUUGCGCGCUUUAUUCAAGUUAUGGACUCCUUUUUUAUGUUGGAUGUGAUCUUCGUUGUCUCUGCUUAUGGAAAUGAAUCAAAGUGGACUGAAAGUUUUUUUUUCCAGAGACAGAGAAAGAGAGAAAAGAAAGAAGUCUUCUGGGAAUAAAUGUGGUUGUUGAUA